CUCACAGUCUUCUUCUUCUCUCCUUGGGAACACUCCAGACUCUCUCCAGUACCCUUUAGUACCUUUUUCCCAUCAAAAUAUCCCCCAUUAUCCUAUUCUCCAUUAUUCCUUCCUUCUUCAUUCUUCUUCUCCUUCAUAAUUCCAAAAUAAAAUCUAUUGAAAAUGAAUAAUUAAAUUUCAGUAAGCAAAUUUCCUUAUUCUAGAUCAAUCACCAUUACCAACAAUGGUUUCGGUAGAGGAUCCAAAUCAUCAUCAUCAACAACAAGGAUCAACAAUUGUUUCAUCUUCUUCCUGUUCAACAACAAAGAUUCAGAGACAAGUUGGAAGAUCAAUGAGAACAAUCCGGUCAACUAUUUUUCAAAAUGACGAUGAUCAUCAUCAUCAACAUUCUUAUAUCAUCGGAGGAGGUGGGGAUUCAGGUGAAAUUUUGACGGAAUCUGUUAUGGAUUUUAGAUUACAUGAGCUUGUAUUAAACAGCAAUAAGAAGAAAGAUACAUCUAUAGAUUUUGAAUUUCUUAAUAUUUCUCAAGCAUUUAGUGAUUUCUCUGCUUGUAGUAGUGAUAUAUCUGGUGAAUUACAGAGAUUAGCUUGUUUCUCAACGACAACAGCACAGGAAGUUAUUGAUUCUUUGCAUAACAGUCAAGAGAUUAUUGAAACCACGGAUCCGUGGUAUGGUUAUUUACAGAGAGAGCGUCAUUCGUCGGAGAUUGUUUCUUCUACUGAUAAUCUUGAACAAGCUGUUCAGAUCUGUAUACAAGGUCUUAAUUCAGAAUCGGCUGCUUUGAAAAGAUCAUCGGCGGAGAAAUUACGGCUUCUUGCAAAGAAUAGAUCGGAGAAUCGGGCGUUAAUCGGUGAAUCAGGUGCAAUUCAAGCUUUAGUUCCUUUAUUACGUUGUUCUUCUGAUCCAUGGACACAAGAACAUGCGGUAACGGCAUUGUUGAACCUUUCAUUACAUGAAGGUAACAAAACAUUGAUUACGGAAUCCGGUGCUAUUAAACCUCUUGUUUAUGUUCUUAAGACGGGUACCGAAACAUCGAAACAAAAUGCAGCUUGUGCUUUGUUAAGUCUUGCAUUGAUUGAAGAUAAUAAGAAUUCGAUUGGUGUAUGUGGAGCAAUUCCACCAUUAGUUUCUUUGUUAUUGACUGGGUCGAAUAGAGGGAAGAAAGACGCGUUAACCACGCUUUAUAAGUUAUGUUCAAUGAAGCAAAAUAAAGAAAGAGCUGUUAAUGCUGGAGCAGUGAAACCGCUUUUGGAAUUUGUUUCGGAACAGACAAGUGGGUUGGCUGAAAAGGCUAUGGUGGUUUUGAGUAGUUUGGCUUGUGUUGAAGAGGGUAGGGAAGCUAUUGUUGAUGAAGGUGGUAUUUCGAUUUUGGUUGAAGCUAUUGAAUAUGGAUCGGUGAAAAGGAAAGAAUUUGCUGUUGUCACAAUCUUGCAACUUUGUGUGGAUGAUGUGAGAAAUAGAGGAUUGCUAGUGAGGGAAGGCGUGAUUCCUCCGCUUGUUGCUUUUUCUCAAUCUGGAACUGCUAGAGCUAAAGAGAAGGCUGAGACACUGCUUGGAUAUUUGAGAGAACCCAGACAAGCAGCUACAACUUCAGGUUCUUGAAAAAUAGGCAUUAACCUGGUUGUUUUACUGUACAUAUUGUGCUCUUUUUAUUUGGUAGUCUUACAAAAGAAGAGAAGAAUUUGAUAAAGAGAUCAAAUUGGAAGACGCGGGAUAGGCAUCUUUCUUUUAGAUAAAGAUGUAAAUCUGUUAUGUUUUUGUUUUGGCUUUCAGGGUUUUGGUUUAGUUCUUAGAAAAGGUGAUGGGUGGUUUCUUCUGGGGUGUGCAUACGUUGUUAUUUUGUAUUUGCUUUUCUUUCGAAUUUCACUGAUUCCGGAGUAUUUUUCUUUUUAAAGUUGAUCUGUCAUAAACCCCCAAAAAGAAAUUAUAUGAGACUGUCUAUAGACUCUAUACUGUUAGUUGCCCUUACCUCGGUAUUAAGAUUCAAGAGCUGAAA